CUAAUAAGACUAUAAUAGUCCGCAAAACUAUAGGAUACAACUGUAACUUUUUCCAUAAGUUCAAUAAAGACUGCGUAUUUUUUCUCCACCAAGCACGUAUUCCUUCAGUGUUCUCAACAUUCCAGUGCCUGCCAAUACUCGCGGGAGAAAACAUGGCCGUUAGAUUCAAACAUUCCAAACAAUCCCUUUCCCUUUCUUCAGAAUGUGUUAACAAGUUCAUCAAUACCCAAAUAAACCUUUCAAAACCCACUCCAAAACUCUGGUCUGAUCAUAAUAACACUGAAUCUUUAUACAACAAUGGUGUACAUAUAUUGAAUUUGAGCCACCCCAUUUUACGCAUAUUAGAUUCUUGCACCCCAAAUUUAAGACAAUUUAAUCAAAUACAUGCACAACUAGUUGUUUUAGGCAUUUUUCAACACCCUUUAACUGCAGGUCGAGUUAUAAAGAAACUUUGCUCUUUAGAACCUACUUUUGCUCAUGCUUUAAAGAUUUUUGAGAAUCUUGAAAACUCAGAUGCUUUUAUUUGUAAUUUAAUUAUGAAAAGAUUUGUGAAUUUUGAUGAACCAGAAAAAGCUUUAUUGUUUUACUUUGAUAAAAUGGUUAAAAAUGGGAUCUUUACGAAUCAUUACACGUUUCCUAUAUUGGUUAAGGCUUGUGCUGAUUUAGGUAUGGUAAAUGAAGGGAAAAAGAUUCAUUCCCAUGUUGUGAAAUGUGGGUUUGAGUUGGAUUUGUAUACCAGGAAUGUUUUGAUUCAUAUGUAUUCGGUUUGUUGUCAGAUUGAUGAUGCAAGGAAGGUGUUUGAUUUAAGUUCUGACUCAGAUUUAGUGACUUGGAAUACUAUGAUUGAUGGGUAUGUGAAAAAUGGGGAAGUGGAGCUUGCGCGUUGUGUUUUUGAUGUAAUGCCUGAAAGGGAUGUUUUUAGUUGGAAUUCCAUGUUAUCUGGAUAUGUAGGGAUUGGAGAUAUGGAGGAAGCAAAUUUACUGUUUAUGGAUAUGCCUUCGAGGGAUAUUGUUUCUUGGAAUUGUUUGCUUGAUGGAUAUGCUAAGAUUGGAAAUGUAGUAGCUGCCCGUGCUCUUUUUGAGCAGAUGGAUUAUCGGAAUGUAGUUUCUUGGAAUAUUUUAAUGGCACUUUAUGUGCGUUUGAAGGACUAUACGGGAUGUUUGGGAUUGUUUGAUAUAAUGAUGCAAGGAAGAGAUAUUCAGCCAAAUGAGGCUAUCCUUAUGAGUGUUUUGACUGCUUGUGCACAUUUAGGGAAACUUGAUCGAGGAAAGUGGAUACAUUCUUAUAUAAGAUAUAGCGGGAGGAUUAAGCCUGACAUGUUGCUUUCGACUUCCCUAUUGACAAUGUAUGCUAAGUGUGGUGAGAUGGAUUUGGCGAAGGAGGUAUUUGCUGGGAUGCCAGAGAAAAGUGUUGUCUCGUGGAACUCUAUGAUCAUGGCUUAUGGGACCCACGGGCACGGCGAGGCAGCACUUGAAACAUUCUUGGAGAUGGAAAAAAGUGGAGUGACACCUAAUGAUGCUACGUUCAUUUGUGUUCUAAGUGCAUGUACUCAUUCAGGGAUGGUAUUAGAGGGAUGGUGGUAUUUUAAUGUGAUGACUAGAGUUUAUAGAAUAGAGCCUAGAGUUGAGCACUACGGCUGCAUGAUUGAUCUUCUUGGGCGAGCUGGUUUGAUGAGAGAUUCUGAAGACCUCAUCAAGAAUAUGCCUAUGGACUCCGGGCCUGCAUUAUGGGGAGCUCUGCUUUCAGCUUGCAAGACCCACUCAAAUCUGGAACUUGGUGAGAUUGUCGCCAGGAGAUUGAUUGAGAGAGAUCCAGAGGAUAUUGGAUCCUAUGUGCUUCUAUCCAACAUAUAUGCUGCACAAGAGAGAUGGGAUGACGUGGAGAAGGUAAGAAAAAUGAUGGUUGUAAAUGGAAUUAGAAAGGAAUCAGGAUCUAGCCUAGUCCAAUUUUCAAACUCGGACAUGUGGUGUUUUCCAGAAAAUGUUUCAGUACACAAGAGAAUUAUGAUGCAUUCCAUGUUGAGUGAGAUGGGAGCCCACAUCAAAUGCCAGAGUGAAAGGUGAUGGAAUGAAGGAACUUGAAUACAAUGGAAGGCCUUGGAGAAGCAACAACAGAGACAUGGAUGUCAAAAGAGAUAUAACGAAUCAAGGACAUCAAAAUUGCAGAACAAAACUCAUAUUUCUGGUACAGCAGAAAGUUCGGCAUGGUACAGCAAGUACAUUAUGCUUGUUUGACUGUAUACAAGUGACCUGCAACUUUUGUGGUGGGACGAAGGCUGACAAUUGGAAAAGAGAAAGUGAACAUCAUUGACCUGGAAUUCAUGAAAGUUUAGAAUUUGAAUUGGAUGAAAGAUUAGAAUUUUGAAUUGGCUGAGAUAUCCUCUGCUUGAAGAAAAAAUAACUAGUGGAUAACUUAAGAUCAUCACAUAUUGCAGUGAAAUCCCAAAGUUGGCAGGAAAGACAUCUGAAUAAGCUGAGUACUCUAAAGUUUCCUACUUCGGUUUCUUUUAUACAUAAUAUAUCUGAAGAUUCUUCAGGCUAAGAUAGCUGAUUGAUUCUAAUAGCUGUCUUCUAUUGUAUCUGUAACGAUCACAGUUUUCCCGCCUUUUUCUGUAACAGCGACAGCUACUAUAGUAUGUUUGCAGUUAA